AUGAAGUGGAUCGUGGCAACCUUGGUCUGCCUCCAGCUCUUGGAGGCUGCCGUUGUCAAAGUUCCCUUGAAGAAAAUGAAGUCCAUCCGGCAGACCAUGAAGGAGAAGGGUGUGCUGGCGGAGUUUCUGAGGACUCACAAGCGUGACCCCGCCCAGAGGUACCACUAUGGAGACUUCAGUGUGGUCUAUGAGACUAUGGACUACAUGGACGCUUCCUACUUUGGAGAGAUCAGCAUCGGAACCCCACCCCAGAACUUCCUGGUCCUCUUUGACACCGGCUCCUCCAACCUGUGGGUGCCCUCUGUCUACUGCCAGAGCCAGGCCUGCACCAGCCACUCUCGGUUCAACCCCAGCGCAUCCUCCACUUACUCCACCAACGGGCAGACCUUCUCCCUGCAGUACGGCAGCGGCAGCCUCACCGGCUUCUUUGGUUACGACACCAUGACUGUCCAGAGCAUCCAGGUCCCCAAUCAGGAAUUUGGCCUGAGUGAGACCGAACCGGGUACCAACUUUGUCUACGCUCAGUUUGAUGGCAUCAUGGGUAUGGCCUAUCCUUCCCUGGCCAUGGGCGGUGCCACCACAGCCCUGCAGGGCAUGCUGCAGGAGAACGCCCUCACCAGCCCCGUUUUCAGCUUCUACCUCGGCAACCAGCAAGGCUCUGAAGGAGGAGCCCUUGUCUUCGGAGGUGUGGACAGCAGCCUGUACUCUGGGCAGAUCUACUGGGCCCCGGUCACUCAGGAGCUUUACUGGCAGAUCGGCAUUGAGGAGUUCCUCAUUGGUGGCCAGGCCUCUGGCUUGUGCUCCGAGGGUUGCCAGGCCAUCGUCGACACCGGUACCUCCCUGCUCACCGUUCCUCAGAGCUACCUGAGCACCCUUCUGCAGGCCGUGGGAGCUGAGGAGACCGAGUAUGGAGAGUACGUUGUGAGCUGUGACAGCGUCCAGAGCCUGCCCACCCUGACCUUCAUCAUCAAUGGCGUGCAGUUCCCUCUGCCACCCUCUGCUUACAUCCUCAGCAGCAAUGGCUACUGCACCGUCGGCUUCGAGCCCACCUACCUGCCCUCCCAGAACGGCCAGCCCCUGUGGAUCCUUGGGGAUGUCUUCCUCAGGGCCUACUACUCUGUCUUCGACAUGGGCAACAACAGGGUGGGCUUCGCCACUGCUGCCUAG